AUGGAAGCGAAGCUCUCUGAGGCAGAAGGAGCUCCGUCAGAGGAACGUCAGAGGGCGCAGUGUGCCCAGGAGGAUGCCCGAGAUGCCCUGUCAAGUGAAGCAGAUGCGGAGGAGACAGCUGGGGAAUUCCAGGGGUUCUCUUUGGAAAAAGUCAAGAAUGAAGAUGCCGACGGACACUUCGGCGAUGGAGAUGGACCCCAGAGGCUGGAGGGAAGCCAAGCAGGAGCAGAUGUGGAGGAGACAGCUGGGGAAUUCCAGGGGUUCUCUUUGGGAAAAGUCAAGAAUGAAGAUGCCGACGGACACUUCGGCGUUGGAGAUGGACCCCAGAGGCUGGAGGGAAGCCAAGCAGACGAAGUCAAGAAUGAAGACUUGAGAGGAAACUUGAGAAACCAUGUUGGACCUAAGAGGCAGAAAAUAAGCCACAUCGUCCAGAAGAGGGGUAAACCCAUUCCUUGCCAAGGGGGUGAUUUCCAAGAAGGAAUUCACAUGGUGAAGGAAACAUACAAGUCCUUGGCGGGCGGAAUGAACUUCUCAGACCAAUCCCACUAUAAUGUCCAUUUACGGAUGCACAGUGGAAAGAAGACCCAUCACUGGCUGGUCUGUGGAAAGACCAUGAUUCGCAGAGCAGACCUCCUUAGACAUCAAAGAACACAUUUAGGCGAGAAACCUUAUAGCUGCUCAGACUAUGGCAAGAGAUUCUCAAAGAUAUCAGACCUUGUUCAGCAGCAAAGGAUUCAUAUAGGAGGGAAGCGAUUUAUUUGCUCAGGGAGUGGAAUGAUGUUCUCUGUCAAAGGCAAAGACUGUGGGAAGAGAUUCCGUCGCAUUAGCACUCUUCAAGUACAUCUAGGAACCCAAACGGGGGAGAAGCCUUUUGAAUGCUCAGCGUGUGGGAAGAGAUUAAGUUGCAGUAGCACUCUUCAAGUACAUCUAAGAACCCACACAGGGGAGAAGCCUUUUGAAUGCUCAGAGUGUGGAAAGAGAUUCAGUGACAGAAGCACUCUUCAAAGACAUCUAAGAACCCACACAGGGGAGAAGCCUUUUGAAUGCUCAGAGUGUGGGAAGAGAUUCAGUCAGAAUAGCCAUCUUCAAAAACAUCUAGGAACCCACACAGCAAAGAAGCCUUUUGAAUGCUCAGAGUGUGGGAAGAGAUUCAGUCACAGUGGCACUGUUCAAGAGCAUCUAAGAACCCACACAGGGGAGAAGCCUUUUGAAUGCUCAGAGUGUGGGAAGAGAUUCAGUCAGAGUAGCCAUCUUCAAAAACAUCAAAGAACCCACACAGCGAAGAAGCCUUUUGAAUGCUCAGAGUGUGGGAAGAGAUUCAGUCACAGUGGCACUGUUCAAGAGCAUCUAAGAACCCACACAGGGGAGAAGCCUUUUGAAUGCUCAGAGUGUGGGAAGAGAUUCAGUUGCAGUAGCACUGUUCUAGAACAUCUAAGAACCCACACAGGGGAGAAGCCUUUUGAAUGCUCAGAGUGUGGGAAGAGAUUCAGUCAGAGUAGCCAUCUUCAAAAACAUCAAAGAACCCACACAGCGAAGAAGCCUUGUGAAUGCUCAGAGUGUGGGAAGAGAUUCAGUCAAAAUGGCAGUCUUCAAGAACAUCAAAGAACCCACACAGGGGAGAAGCCAUUUGAGUGCUCCAUGUGUGGGAAGAGAUUCUGUCACCGUAGCACUCUUCAAAAUCAUCUAAGAACCCACACAGGGGAGAAGCCUUUUGAAUGCUCAGAAUGUGGGAAGACGUUCAGUCAAAGGGGCCCCCUUCAAACCCAUCUAAGAACCCACACAGGAAUGUGGGGACGAUCUGUGAAGAUGGAAACGAAGAUCACUGAGGCAGAAGGAGCUUCGUCAGAGGAAAAUCAGAGGACGCAGGCCCAGGAGGAUGCCCGAGAUGCCCUGUCAAGUGGUAGUGAAGAGAUGUUGUCAACCUGUCAUCUUUUCAGAGGAGUGGAAACAGCUGCUCCAACUCUGGUCCAGAGGAAUGAGGAGGAUGAGGAACUUCAUCCUCUAUUUCCAGAUGAAGUCGAGAAUGAAGACUUGAGAGGAAACUUGAGAAACCAAGUUGGACCUAAGAGGCAGAAAAGAAGUCACAUCAUCCAGAAGAGGGGUAAACCUAUUCCUUGCCAAGGGGGGAAGAGAUUCAGUUGUAGUAGCCAUCUUCAAACCCAUCUAAGAACCCACACAGCAGAGAAGCCUUUUGAAUGCUCAGAGUAUGGGAAGAGAUUCAGUUGCAGUGCCAGUCUUCAAAGACAUCUAAGAACCCACACAGGGGAGAAGCCUUUUGAAUGUUCGGAGUGUGGGAAGAGAUUCAGUUGCAGUGCCAGUCUUCAAAGACAUCUAAGAACCCACACAGCGGAGAAGCCUUUUGAAUGUUCGGAGUGUGGGAAGAGAUUCAGUUGCAGUGCCAAUCUUCAAACUCAUCUAAGAACCCACACAGGGGAGAAGCCUUUUGAAUGCUCAGAGUGUGGGAAGAGAUUCAGUGACAGUUGGACUCUUCAAACCCAUCUAAGAACCCACACAGGGGAGAAGCCUUUUGAAUGCUCAGAGUGUGGGAAGAGAUUCAGUGAGAGUAGCACUCUUCAAACCCAUCUAAGAACCCACACAGGGGAGAAGCCUUUUGAAUGUUCAGAGUGUGGGAAGAGAUUCAGUCAGACUAGCCAUCUUCAAACCCAUCUAGGAACCCACACAGGAUAGAAGCCUUUUGAGUGGUCAGAGUGUGGGAAGAGAUUUAGCCACAGUGGCUUACUUCAAGAGCAUCAAAGAACCCACACA